GAGCAGCGCUUCCCUCCCCCGGUGCAGACGCUCGCUCUCCGCCGGUGCCUCGUCACUCCGCGCUGGAAGAUGGCUGCGGUGGAGCGGCCCCCUUUCAAGGAAGGGAUCCGGAUCGCGUCUCUGUGUGCGUGCUGGUACACGGUCAGCUCGGGGGGCAACGUCAUCAACAAGAUCAUCCUCAACUCGUUCCCGUACCCGGUCACCGUGUCUCUGUUCCACAUCAUCUCCAUCGUCGUCUUCCUCCCGCCGCUCUUGCGGGCAUGGGGAGUCCCCAAAACAGAACUGCCGAGCAGGUACUUCCGGUGGUACAUCUUGCCUUUAGCCUUCGGGAAGUACUUUGCCUCCGUGUCGGCGCACUUCAGCAUAUGGAAGGUUCCGGUGUCCUACGCACACACGGUCAAAGCCACAAUGCCAAUAUGGGUUGUGCUGCUAUCAAGAAUUAUCAUGAAAGAGAAGCAGACCACAAAGGUGUACACAUCACUCAUCCCCAUCAUUGGUGGAGUGCUGCUUGCCACGGCGACUGAGAUGUCGUUUCAUGUUUCAGGGUUAAUCAGUGCUCUGGCUGCCACGCUCUGCUUCUCUCUGCAGAACAUCUUCUCCAAAAAGGUGCUGCGCGACACAAGGAUCCACCACCUGAGGCUUCUCAACAUCCUGGGCUUUAAUGCAGUGAUCUUCAUGCUGCCCACCUGGGUGCUGGUGGAUCUCUCUGUGUUUCUUGUUAACGGAGAAAUGGCAGACAUCAAAGGAUGGACUGGUACCUUUUGCCUCCUCCUCAUCAGUGGCUUCUGCAACUUCGCCCAGAACGUCAUUGCAUUCAGCGUGCUCAACCUCGUCAGCCCGCUGAGCUACGCCGUCGCCAACGCCACCAAGAGGAUCAUGGUCAUCAGCAUAUCACUGCUAAUGCUGCGCAACCCAGUCAGCCUUAUUAACAUCAUGGGUAUGAUGACGGCCAUAGUUGGGGUCUUCCUCUACAAUAAGGCCAAGUACGACUCAAGCAAGGAGAAGAAGCUGCUGCCGAGCUCCAAAAAGGACCUGACGUCCUUUGACAACCCGGCGCUGGAAAAGAUCCAGGCCAACGGGUCAGUGCCUUUCUCCCACGGCUCAGAACAGCUGCAGCAGCACAACUGGAACAACGUGCUGACUGACCACUUUCAGUACAGCCGGCAGACCCACACGACAAACCUCACCAGCAACCCGCAGUACGUGGUGUAACGCAGGAGUCUGUGCUCGCGCCGGGUCGCUGUCAUAGACAUCACUCUGUGUAGCCGGCCACCUGCCCCCACCGCAGCAGCGGGUCACCUGUGCCCCGCCUCACACUUGAAAGUGAAGGCAAGUGCCGUUUGUCCUGAACGAUUAAGGAAAGAGUUGGUGUGGAUGGCCCAGUGACCUGACCUCUCCCAUGCUCCUCCCUGUCUCAACUUCACUUCCUGACAGCUUCAUUUUGCCUGUUUAUUAAUAAGUUCUCACUGUAUGGGAUAGUUUGAGGAAGAACCAAACUCGUUUCGGACAUUUUCAGACAUUUUGGUUAAAAAAUGAAUCCCUGUGAUCCAGGCAGAUGAAUGUGAACGGUGGUUGAUCCGGGAUUAAACCUCACUGUUUGGAAAUGUUCACAAACAGCCAUACAGGGUUUCAUUUGUUUGUUGUCAGAGGAAAAGAUGUCAUCUGUAAUAUUGCAUUGGAUCAUAAUGAUUUGAUUUUAGGCAUUUCACGUUGAAGAUUGUUCUUUUUCUUCAUGAGGCAUUAGUCAUGAUGUGAGGAGAAACUAAGUGUUUAAUUUGUCCAAAGUCUCCAGAGGCAGAUUGGAUUUGUUUGUGGACUGUGGAGGCUUUUAAGUCGAUGGUAACCUAAAAAAAAGUUUAAAUCAAGGUCAGUUAAGCGCUUUGGAUCAGGCUGAAAUACGUCAACACCUCAGUAGAGCACAUACUCCUUAAAUUCAGUCAAGCAGCACAAAAUGCGCACACUCAUAGAUAUAAGUUCCCCAAAUAUGCCUGAUAUUUUCAUUAAGAUCCAUGAAUUAUUUCUUGAGAAAAACGAAAUUCACUGAAUUCUUUCUUCUUUUAGACUACAUCCUUCCAACAAUUUUCUUGGAAAUCUGUCCAGUACUCUGGUCUGUCAAUUUCAGUUUGUCUGAGGUUGAUCAAUUCCCUGUUAUUUCACCUCCUAUAUAGAUAUUGGACUUUUGUUAUUUUGCUAUGAUGGACAUUUCAUUGUGAUCAUGAUUAUCGUUUUGUCGCCCGUCCCAAAAUGCAGUGUCCAUGUCUUUGAAUUGAGACAAAUGUUUCUGCAGUGAGACAGUUUCUAUUGCUCUAGCAGUCGGUGGCGUCUCACAGACGUCUCCUUCAUGCUAACAAGGAACUAAAUGUUUGUUUUCAUGGACCAUUAAAUUAAUAUUUGAUUGAUCAAAACAAAGCAUCCUUAUAUGCAUAUUGCAGAAUACUCGUGAUUCAUCUUUCUCGGAGUCUUAACAUGUAAAAUGUAAAGGAUGUAAAUUUGAAUUGAUUUAAAAGAAUCCAUAGUGUUUAUUUGAUUGAUUAGUAUUUUUUGAUAUGUGAAUCUUCUGAGGCAGUGAAAUCUUUUUCCUCCUGCCUGUCGAUUUUUAUUAUUUUUUCAGCCUGAACCAAAGCUGCUUUCAUGUUUCUUGUUUUUUUAACAGGUUUACACAUCAUGAAACAACUACAUGUGUGAUGCAGAUCGUGACCAUCUGUCAUGUGACUUCACAGUCUCGUUGUUUAACAUAAAGCGACAGACUUUGAUAUAAAAUGACACGUGCAUGAAAUCAGAGGUUUGCUUUUUGCAAUUAAAGAUUCAACUAAUUUUAGGUGGACCUGAGGCUUGAUUAUCAUUAUUGAUAAUUGAUUAGCAUUUAUGUUCGAAAAGCCUUUUUCUAACUGCUUGAACAAUUUCAUUUAGGAAUCGAUCACAUUGUCUCCAAGCAUGAUUUCGUCGGUUGUCUCUGAUGCACUCUGAGCAUCUCACUGCAGCAAUAUAAGGAUUUAAUUUUUUCCUCUGUAACUUAACUUUGAAAUCGGCUUUGUAUAGUUUUGGUGAAAACACCACAUUACUUUUUGAAGUGCCAUUUGUAGCCAGCGAGCUUGUUUUUUUUUAGUCCCUAAGUCAUAGUGCAGUUAUAUUUAAUUAAUUUGGCUUUGUUUUUGUUAAAGUUUACUGUGUUUGCCUUCUCUGAUAGUUUUUAAAACACUUUCACAGUAUUUUGUCCCAACUGAUCCUGCACCGAUCGCUCUGGGAUUUUUGCAUUCUGGGCCUCUAAGACGAUUCUGUUCAUCUUUGGGAAAUGAUCUGUAACUGCUGAUGCUGUUUUGGCGGGGGGGUUGGGAUUACAAAGCUGAGGUGGUUUUCUCAAGGAAGGAGAGAAAUCUCAAAUGCUUUGAUAGAAAACCAAAUGUCAGGUCCUGUUUUAAAGAAAUCGUGAAGUUGUCUGUUUAACACUGACUGACAGAAUAGUGGGAGCACCUGAGUGGUGAAAUGUGGGUUUACACAGCGCUGACACAAUGACAAAUUUAAUGUUCAGGCUGCUGCUGUAGCCCUUUGUGUUGACAGAUGUGCACUUUGCGGCUGUUGCACUGUAUUCAAUUUAAACAUGAGCAGAAAUAUCCUUAAAACAACAGACGGAUAUACAGAGUGGGGCGUUCAGCAGCUGACGAGGAGUUGUUGAGAACUGAAAGAGGAAUCGAUUGUCAUUUCAACUCAAAUUGUCAAAAUCUGAUUAAAGCUGAACUGUCGAUCAAUUAAAAAGCCUUAGAAGUCAUUUAAAACCAGCGUUUUGCUACAAUAUGCAAUGAAGAAACUUAAACUAUAAUGAAUCCUGAACAGAGUUAUGAAUAUCUGUUACAGCAGCAGCUCUUCUGGGAUCAUGGGUAAUAUCCACCAUUGUGUUUUAGUUCAGUAAGAGAGACGAUGCAGGCUUUGGGUUUCUCUCUAAUCACCACAUACGGCUGCAGAGGGCGCUGUUGCUCAGUUGAAGUGACAUCGUUUUGCAUGAACUCAAAUUGACCAGUAAUCAAGACAUUUCAGUACAGACGCGUGUUAAGACGAGUCUCGUUCUUCAUCUCCACAGCAAACCAGGAGAGAUGUGACGAAUCAUGCUCUCCUGGACGAAAUGUUAUCUGUUGGAAUUCUAAAUGUCAAUGAGUGUGAGUUGAUUCAGCAAAAAUUUGCACAUAUCACUUGUAUUUUAACAAAUAACAUUCAGUCAAAUAAAAACUACAAUUUCAUGUUGUAGGAAUGUAAUGUGUGUGUGUGUAAUCUGCAUCUCAGAGUUUGCACUCAUUUCCCAAAAUGUUGUGCUUUGGAUGAAGCAGCAACUAAAGCCAGUGGUCAUUGAAGAAAAGGAAUUCUGGUGCAAACAGCAUUUGGACAUUUUGUGGGUCCUGUUUUAGACUCUUCAUUUGUUUUCUUCAUGUCCGUCCUCGUGCUGCCGAAAGCAAGAGCGUCACUUCUGAUGCUGAUGCACUGCAGCGCCGACGCUCCGUUCACAGGUCGACAAGACGUCAAAUUUAUAAUAUUCAACGUGUGGGAGACGUGUUGUCGUUUAUAAAUGUCCUCCUGACUUGAACUCUUUACUGGGAUGUAAAUGUAGACGAGUGGACAAAGAGGACGACACUUUGUAAAAGUUGUAUAAUUAUUAUUUUUGUGCGUCUUUAAUGGAUCUUGAGGAAGAACUUUUCUUAACCGAUGUUUAUAGAUUUUUAUUUAUGAUGUCACGGUAUGAACAUGUUGUACAGAAGUGCAGCUCAGCACAGUCUCGUCUGCUUAUGUUUAGUAAUUGCUAUUUUUAAAUGUUGGGCGGGGGGGAAUAAAUGCAUCAUGGAAUACUGAA